AUGGUGCGACUUGCCGAAUUUGGACGUCAUGAAAAAGUGCAGCGGCCAAAACUUGCCAUCCCAAUGGCACAAAUUGGAGUACGCGUCCAGGAUCAAAGCAAUAUUUCAGUCCAUGAAAGCGUUCAACCAACUAUCAAUGACUCCAAGACGCUGAAGCAGGAACCAUAUUACUCCAACAAAGAUAUUACCAUCCUUCAUGCUAUCGUUUCUUCCGCCCAAGAGAAGUUGGACCAGUCGCCCGACCCAAAACCGCUUCCGGCAGCUGUUCUUUUCAAAGCCUACGAUGAUGUUCUUCCAACGUUUGGACUGGAUCCUGAUUCGGACCACCACUUAUCGGCACUCGUCUUUCGCAUUGGAGGGGAACAUGGCAGCGGAUCACUCCUAGAAAAUUUUCAAGCUAUCCUCAAGCGCAUGGGAAUCGUACUCGAGUUUCGAGAUAAUAUAAGUAUAUCGGAGCAGUCGCGCUCGUCGACACCGUUAUCGUCUCCGCAAAGAGAGUUUAUGCGGCCAUCACCCCUCAAAGAGCAGAACCCGCGUAAUAAUGACAAGUCUGGGGAAGAACCGCCGCGGGAUUACGUGCCGCCAGAAACCUUCAAUGCACCGAAGAGAAGCUCUCAUGCUCAGACUGACGCUGCCAGAAAAGCAGUCCCGAAUGGCACUUCGACGACGACUCUGCCCGAGCUCCGUUGCCGUGUGCAGUCAACUGCAACUGUCCAACUUGAUCACGCGUUGGCCGACCCAUCAGCCAAUGAACUCCUUGCUGCUUCCCCCAAUAAGCUCUCAGCGGAUCAUGAUGCCAUUGCGAGAUUCAGUGACCAGGCUUUGGCUUUGCAAAAGCAUACGUUAGUCUCUGUCAUUGAUCGCUGGCGUAACGCUGCGUCAAAGGGCUCAAAUGCUGCAGGCCCCAAAGUAGCGGAAAUUUUUAAUCACAACCUGUUCAAUUUGAAGCGUCGCAAUUUUACCGAGGGCCAGACAACUGCCAUGGACAGCCGUUCUCAUCCUCUUACCGUCGAUGGCAAUUCCCUCCAGACUCGAUUAUUGCUGGAAGUGAGAGCAGCAUCUGACCCGGAAUCCCCGGAGCAGGAUUCUUUUCUGAGCAGAGCUACUCGAGCGCGCCAAAUAUUUCUUGCGAGUAAAGUAUUCAAUCGAUGGGCCAAUCAAACCGCCAUCAGACUGGAGCGAGAAUACGUCGCCCGGAGGCACAUGGUCCGCUUUCGAUGCUUCAACAGCUGGAAUCAUGCACCGACAUCGGAAUCAAUGCAAGUGAGCAUCCUUCGAGCUACGACCGCUAUACGAAAGCUACGACGUACAAUAGCCUGCCACGAAGACUGGCUCCACCAGGCUUCAGCUUUCAUCAAGAGGACACACUUACACAGGAAAGCUAGUUACAUGCUCAAUUAUUGGUCCACUGUUAUUUUGGCCCGCUCGUUGGUCCAGACAUCGAACGCGCGGACAAAAGCCGAAGUCGUCACAAACUGGCUGCGGCAGGCGCGAACCAGUCAAUCUUUGCAUGUCAUCGCGGGAAAAAUCAGCCAAAUCCUCGAGAGCGGUUGUGUCAUCACCAAGUGGAUCGGCCACGUUGAGACAAAUCAGGCUCGAAUAGCUGCGGCACGGAAGCUUGGUUUCAUGGUGAAAGCCUCGUUCUGGCUUCACAAAUGGCGGGACCACAAGUGGGUUGCUACCACACGGCUCGACGCCGAACAAGAGGCCAUUUCCAGUAGGCAUCACAAAGCUCAGUCUGCAGUCAUUCUCUCGGGCCGGUUGCGGUCAAUGGGACAAGGACAGGUGGAACUAGAUCGUUUGGCAGAGCGAGCACAGUGGUACAUUCGAGCCACUGGUCUUUUGGAUGCUAUGCAGAGUUAUGCGAAGCACCGGAAGCAUGAGGCGAAGUUGGCGGUUCGGCGAUAUCUCAUGAUGAGAUAUACCGAGAACUCAUCGCGGAAAAGGCGUCGCAUAUUUUAUAGCGCACUUGAUGAUUGGCAGUCUCACGCAACAAAGUCGGCAGAAAUCGCACGCCUCGUAAACCAACACCGAGCGUCGAGUGUCUUGCGACGAAACACCGCCAUCUCUACACGAUGGAGACGGCAUGCGCUCCAGAUGACAAAACUCCAUUCCGUAGCCCUCGAUCGCCAUGCGCAAAGGCGACUGCAUGAGUGGCUAGUCAUGUCUGCAGCUGAUGACCAGCAGCAAGCCCGUGCUCUGCAGUCGUGGGCGAUGGUGCAACAGCAUCAGACGCUGAAGAGAUGGACCAUAUCUACCCUCCAGAGGGGCGGUCAGGCACAUUCCGCGAAAGUAAUCCGUCAAAGACACGAACGAGAGUAUCGCCACAGAUCUCUGCACGGCUGGAAACGAGCGGUAGCCCGAUCCAGCAGUGGUGCAGCACCCGUUUUCGAACCGCCGUCACCGGCCUUGACAGAGCCGGCCAGCAGCUCACGCAAGUUCACCAAAUCAUUCCCGACGAGGCGACCGCUUCUGCGGCGAUUGGAGGACGAAAGUACCUUGAGGAGUCUGAUGCAAACUCCGUCCCGCUCUACUGGGCUCGUGUUCGCCUCGUCUCAAAACCUUCCUUUCCACAUCAUGGACUCUGUCGAGGAAGGGGAGCGCGAAUCCGUGGACUCGGUCAACCUGGAUGCCGGUGGUCCAUCGAGGCGGAAUCAGUCCAGUCGUAGUUUCCGAGCCAUUCCCCCCAACCAGCUGGCUUCGACGACACCCAGAGCCCCGCUGCCCGUUCGCGUCCAGUCGUCUACACGAGAUGGUUUGACGACACCCGGACGGCGAGGGCAACAAUUCUUUGCCAAGUCAACACAAACGCAAUCCUCUCCCACCAAGAGCGGUCAAGCUGCCCACACACCGUUUACAUCUCGCCGGAACAGGAUCAAGGAGCUGUUGCAGCCAACGGUGACCUUUGCCGAUAGUGGCUAG